CGAGAAGCUAGAAAAAGACCUUUUGAACUCUCCCUCCUCCUCUCGCUGGCGUGCGUUGAUUAUUAUUAUGGCGGAGGUUUCUAGGGAUACAUCGGUGUCUUCAGUGGCGGUCUCCACGGCGUUUCCUGGUUUCAAAUUCUCUCCGACGGACAUCGAGCUUAUUUCGUAUUACUUGAAACGGAAGAUGGAUGGCUUGGAGAGGUCCGUUGAGAUUAUCCCUGAGGUCGAUAUUUACAACUUCGAGCCCUGGGACUUGCCUGAUAAAUCAAUAGUUAAAUCUGACAGCGAAUGGUUCUUCUUCUGUGCUCGUGGUAAGAAGUAUCCUCACGGUUCACAGAACAGAAGAGCAACCAAGAUUGGAUACUGGAAAGCCACAGGCAAAGAACGUAACGUCAAGUCUGGUUCUGAGGUUAUUGGAACAAAGAGGACGCUUGUCUUCCACAUUGGUCGUGCUCCAAAAGGUGGAAGAACUGAAUGGAUUAUGCAUGAGUACUGCAUGAUUGGAGUAUCAAUGGAUGCGCUGGUUAUUUGUCGGCUUAGGAGAAAUACAGAGUUUCAAAGAGCUACGACGACACAAAAGCCACCACCACCACAGCCAAGUCCAUCACUUGACAAGAACACAAACUUGGAGAACGAAACUGGUUGGGAAAAUAUGGUUGAUUAUUACUUAUCAGGUGAAUCCGGGCGUGAACUACUCAGUGAAAUAGCAGAAUCUUCACAAUCUUCACAUAAUCCACAGGUUCCUAGUGAAGAAGAUUUCUAUGCGGAUAUUCUAAGGGAUGACAUAGUGAAGCUAGAUGAUCCAACAGACUCCGGUAAUAAUAGAUUGAUUGAUGUCCCGAGGCUUCAUUCAGAGUCCACAACCACAAGAGUACUGACUUUACCCAGCAUGGUAGACAAACAAAUGCAAUCACUGCUACAGAGACUGCCGUUACAGAAUGACAUUGGUGAAGAAAACAACAUAUCAAUGUCGAGUUGCUUUAUCGGUAUCUUCUCGAUUAAGUCCAUAAACCGAGCGAGGUGGGACGUUGUUGCUUGGGUGUUGGUUAUGAUUGCUGUGUUGGUGUUUUAUCUAGUGUGA